UGCAACCUCGAAGUAGUUUCAGAAAAUAAUUCUCUGAGUAAAAAUGAAAGUGAGAAUGGCUCAGUAAACGAUCUUGCAGAAAGUGGGAUUCUUAAAAAGGACAUGGUCCUCUCAACCAACAAAGCAAUCAUUAGGCCUGCUGUGGACGGGAAUUUGACAGAGUCAAAAACAGAGAAUGUGACUAACUGUAAGUCUACCAAAAAUGGUCGUGCAAAAGAAGGAUUAGAGUCCUGCAACAGAGAGAGAGCUGGUAAUGGUCACGUGGUGAAAAAUGUUAGAGGGGACAAUGACGUUGAUGAAGUUGAUGAUGACAUGGAUGAUGACGAUGAUGACGGGGACAAUGAUGCUGCUGAUGAUGAUGGUUGUGGUGGUGGUGAUGAAGAUGAUGAUGAUGAUGAUGAUGAUGAUGAUGAAGAUGACGACGACGAUGAUGAUGAUAAUAAUGAGGUCGAGAAGGAGCAGGAAGACGAAGUUGAAGAAGAAGAGGUAGACGAGGAGGAAUCUGAGCAAUUACUUACUUACGGUAAGUAAGAAAGCUCCACAAGCAACACCAACGACAACAUUCUUAUUGAACCUCAAAUGUCUGAGAAGGAUCACCUCUCAUUCUCACCUCUCACCUCUUAUUCACAGUGAAGAAGUGUCAUACGCUGAAACGUCUGUUUUUACAAACAUUUAUGGCACUUAUUGAUGUUGUGUUUUACAUUCCCAGUCGUGUCAGGAGUAUCUUAGUGCAACUGUGGAUAACUGAAGCGCCAUGGCUAAGGAAACACUUGCACUACGGAAACCAGUUCCCUUGUCAGUGCCCGAGUUGAAGGUGUCCAACUUGAGAAAAAGAAGUGUCCUGCCGUAAGCAGUCACAAAAUGUUGGCAUUUUUGGGCGGUCCCUUGAGCUAAAAACCCUUUUAAUGGCAAGAGAGACCAACAUCAGUUUUCUCCUAACAGUGAAUAUCCUUACCUCAUCAAGAGAAGAGGUCAUGAGACUCAAUAAAAUAAUCACGGCCAAAGAGGAAAUGCUUUGAUCCUUUUUCAAAUUUUCCCAAAUAUUUUUUCGAGGGAAAUGUUUGGAAAGUACAAAUAAAUAGAAACAUUGCGACAUCAGUUGCUUUCAAUCCAAAAAUCUCAAUUAAAACUGGUUACAACUCACUUUCAUUGUGUUCAUUUUCUUUCACAGAAUUAUUGUCACAGUGGCCAAUAGAAUGGAGAAGGACACUGAAACGGUAAGACUCGCUGAAGAGUAGAGACGUUACUAUCCUGUUUUUAUCACGUACAAAGAACCAGCUACUAUGAUAUGAACGUUCUUAGUAAGAACAAAGCAAAAGCACCCCAAGGACAGGAAUGAGAAUUAUUUUUGUCGAACAUUAAAAUAUGUAGGGCUUGUAAAGGGGUUCUAGUCACCGCUAUAAGGGAUUCAAAAACAGUAUCGUAAAUCCUUUAUUAAGCCCCCCCAGGGGCUUAUUUUUUUCAAGCCUUUUUGCGGGGAGGGGGCUUAAAAGAGAGGGGAGCUUAUUUAAUUUAGCGAAAUGCAUUAACGGAAGCAAGGUUUCUCGAGGACGGACUUGUGGUUACCGGGCGCUAUACUGCUUUUUCUAACUUUAAGAAAAUGGUAACAAUUCUCCACAGAGAACUAGAGCAUAAAGUUGAAAAAGUUCAGCACGUGAAAUUGGGGGUCAUUCGGCCGAAGACCAAAAACAAUAUGAAUUUCUAGCCUAAAUAAACCAUAUCUGAUCAGUCCACGUUAAUUGUUUUUGAAGAAUAAGGAUGGAGGGAAGGGGGAGGGAGGUGGGGUAUUAACUUUCCUCCUCUGAAAAAGGAGGGGCUUAUUUGAGAGCGGGGGCUUAAUAGAGGAUUUUUGGUAAUAAAUAGGCAGUAGAAUUCGUUAACUUGUUGCGAUUCCAGCGAGCUUAAGUGCUCCCGUUGCUCCCUCUAUAUGGUGAGAAUAACGGUGCAACUAAGAUUCGCUAGAAUCGCUCUGAAACAGCCCGGAAAACACACAUGGAGACAAGGCAAGAAAUUCUUCUGCCUUUUUGUCAUACCUUUUUUGGAGUCUAACUAGUGAUCGCUAUAGUCUCCAUAAAAAACCCUAUAAUUACGCAACUACAAAUCUCACUCGUAAAUUUGGGAUUCCUGUGGAAAGAGCCGGCAUUGAUCUCGACGGUAUUUGAAACAUGAUGAUGAUGACGAUGAUACUUAAAGCCCACACCCUUAACAGAGGAACGUGAGCUCAAAGCUUAGAAACCAGUAUAAGAGAAACGCCUUCCCCCUCCCCCCAGAUAUUAGGGACCUUUCGAUUCUAAGACGAGAACAACUUCGAGUAAGAGAUUUUCUCAAUACUAAGUAGUGCGCGCGCGUGAACCAGCAUCAUUUUGGCGGGAAAACGCGAUAGCCGUUGUCAUUCUACUACUAGUUUUGCAUGUUUUAGCGAGGAUGUCGUAAUGACGAAAACAAGUUAUUAAUUGUUAAAAGUUUUAUCAUUUUGUGAUUGGGAGGGGGCUUAACGUCCUCCAAUAAAGGUUAGAGUGCCAGCUUUUCAGGUGAAAAAAAAGUACAAUGAAGCAUGCCGGGGUGUUUGAUUUUUUUUUACAUUACGCGAAAAAACUGUCAGUGAAAUCUCGUAGUCGUGCUUGUCCUCAAAAAGGUCUCCAUCACUUCUCAUUCUACAGCUUUUAGUAUCAUUUACUUAUAUUACUGUAUGUGCUUUGCUUACCACAGUGUGGCAGAGUUAUGUAUAAAGAAACGUUAUGGACAAGAC